CCAGAGGUAACAACUCUACAACAACUGAAGGAAAAACUUCAACAACAGCAGCAAAAACUUCUAAAGAAAAAAGAGAAAGAACUUGAAGUCCCUCAGACCAUACACUAUCUGGCAAGACCAACGGAAACACUGAAACACCAGAAGGCAGGACUACAACAAAAGGGUGAACGAAUUACAGAGCUAAAGGCAAAAUAUCAGCACGAGCAGAAGAAAAAACUUCAACAACAGUGGCAAAAAGUUCAACAACAGCGAAUGCAGCCAACAUAAGCCACUCCAAUCCGGACUACUGGCUGCUGGAUCGCUCUUUGACUUUUUCCAACACUCAUACACACAAACACUGAAACCACACACACACACACACCAAUACACCAUAAAUGGCAAUAUGGACGGACAGCUGCAGCAUUUGUGUUGUAUCCAUAUACUACUCCUUGUACUCCUUGCACAGUGACACGCGCGUGCCAAAAAUUUGUUGCCGAUUUUAUCAAGAGAACAGCAGCGGCAGCAGUUGUAGCAGCAGCAGCAGUGGCAGCAGCAGCAGUGGCAGCCAUUAACUGAAGGAGCCACAACGGGAGCAGAAGCUGAACCAGUAGCAGUAGCAGGAGGAGCAGCUGCAGCAGCCACAGAACCUCCUACAGAAACAACGAAUAUUGCAAAAAGGCGGCGCAAACUAUCACAAUGUCAAUUCAAAAGCUUAACGAUAACACAAACUCGGGAUACGUGAGCUCCGAGGAGACGGACUCCCUGCUGGUGAGCAGCGGCACACCCAAGGGCGGGGGCGGCGGCCGAUCCGCCCUGCUGCGGCAGGUGAAGAACAGCACCUCAACCAAUGGACCAACAGUGGCCACCACAGUGGUUACCACAUCGCCAUCCCCCUCGGGAUCGGGACUGUCCGGCAAUAUGGCAUCCGGGGGAUCGGGCGGCAAGCCGACUUUGAUGCGACAGGAUCGCACCUCCACAUAUCUGACAAGUCCGCAACAGUCGCAGCAGCAACAGUCGCGUAUGGGCUCUGAGGAGAGCAUGCGCGGCGGGAUGAUGCAGCAUGACGAGGAUAUUGAACAGGGACUGAGGGCAAAUGCCUCGGCAACGGGAACAUCUGGAACGGCAACCAUGGUGCCCGACAUUGAGGUUUACGAAGAAGAGGACCAAGAUCCACAACAAACGCAAACACAGACCAAUAAUACAUCGACGACCAAGCUGGAGCAGCAGCAACAACAACAACCGACCAUAUCAAUUAUGAAUUUAAGCCUAAAGCACAACGAAGUGGUAGGCAGUAGUCUGGGUCCAAGCCCCAGUCCUGGGAGCCAUCCCAAUCUGGGCACCUCAUCAUAUCAAAAUCUGGCCUCCAGCAUACCGCCGAGUGCGCCGAGUCGUUGUCGAGCAUGCCGCAACUGCAGUCGCCGCGCUUCCACAACGCCCAUAUCCACCGGCCAGAUGAUUGACCGUUCCGCAUCACGGGACAGCGUUAAGAGCGGCGGCAAUCUCACCAGCUCGAUGGCCAUUUGCAUAUCAAACUCUGCCCUCCAGCAGCAGCAGCUACAGUCACAGCAGCAGCACUCAUCGCACCCGCAGCAACACUUUCAGUUGCAUCAACAGCUCCAGAUCCAGCAUCAGCAACAGCAACAGCUGCAGCUGUAUCAGCAUCACCAGCAGCAGGUGCCACCGGUGCUUAUUACAUCCUCCCCGACGAACGGGUCGCGCAUCAUUAGGCAGAGCUCACAGCCGGAGUCCAGCACCACGGCCAUCUGUUGUGGCACGCACGCAACUUGCGUGGGGCAUGCCCACUCGCACACGGUGCCCAAUGUGUCGCUGAAACAGUUGCGCGAGAGCACACAAGAUGGCAUAGCCGGCAUUGCAGCCGACUCCCUGCGUAUCAACGGUGGCAUGCGACCCUUCAAGCAGGGCGUUCUUCUAAUGCCACGCACCUUGUCCGAAAGCCGAAAGUUGAGACUUCGAAGGGCCUUCACCGAGGCCACUAACGAAACGCUCCAAAGCUCCAAAAUGCUCCGCAAACCGGCGUCGACACUGUCAAUUCCUGGCUCGAUGAAAACACCUUCCAUUGCGAACCGGGAACAGAUCUCAUCUGGAUGCAACGAAGAAGCGGCCGAGGCACUAGUGGGUAUCCACUCAGACUACCCUAGGUAUGAAAUGUAUAUGGAAGAACGUGCUCUUACUGGCGGCAAUACGUCCAGGAAGCCAUCGACAAACUCGGCCAAACACAAACCCAAUGUGGGCUAUCGCCUGGGCAAGAGGAAAGCCCUCUUUGAGAAGCGCAAGCGCAUCAGUGACUAUGCCCUGGUCAUGGGCAUGUUCGGCAUCAUUGUGAUGGUGAUUGAGAACGAGCUGAGCAGUGCCGGUGUCUACACAAAGGCAUCGUUCUACUCGACAGCGUUAAAAACCUUAAUAUCUGUUUCGACUGUGAUUCUUUUAGGACUUAUAGUAGCUUACCAUGCUUUGGAAGUGCAGAAUUCAUUAUUCAUGAUAGAUAACUGCGCCGACGAUUGGAGGAUCGCAAUGACAUGGCAACGAAUUAGUCAAAUAGGGUUAGAACUUUUUAUAUGCGCUAUACAUCCAAUUCCUGGCGAAUACUAUUUCCAGUGGACGACGAAAUUGGCCAAUAAGAAUAAAACAAUUGGCACCGAAAUGGUGCCAUAUGACGUAGCUUUAUCAUUACCUAUGUUCCUUCGAUUAUAUUUAAUAUGCCGCGUAAUGCUGCUGCAUUCAAAGCUAUUCACAGACGCAUCAUCACGGAGCAUCGGCGCUCUCAAUAGGAUUAACUUUAACACAAGAUUCGUUUUAAAAACUCUAAUGACAAUAUGCCCGGGAACGGUUCUAUUGGUCUUCAUGGUCUCCCUGUGGAUCAUCGCUUCGUGGACGCUACGUCAAUGCGAAAGAUUUCAUGAUGAAGAACAUGCGAAUCUUUUGAAUGCAAUGUGGCUGAUAGCGAUAACAUUUUUGAGUGUUGGUUUCGGUGAUAUUGUUCCGAAUACGUACUGUGGACGUGGUAUCGCUGUCAGUACAGGAAUAAUGGGUGCUGGCUGCACGGCGCUGCUCGUGGCCGUCGUAUCCCGUAAACUGGAGCUGACCCGUGCCGAGAAGCAUGUGCACAACUUCAUGAUGGACACGCAGUUAACCAAAAGGCUGAAAAAUGCUGCGGCGAAUGUUCUUCGUGAAACUUGGCUCAUUUACAAACAUACAAGACUAGUAAAACGGGUUAAUCCCGGCCGUGUAAGAACCCACCAAAGAAAGUUCCUUCUAGCUAUAUAUGCGUUGCGAAAAGUUAAAAUGGAUCAGCGCAAACUAAUGGAUAAUGCCAACACAAUAACCGAUAUGGCCAAGACACAAAAUACCGUCUACGAGAUAAUAUCGGACAUGUCUAGCCGCCAGGAUGCCAUCGAGGAACGCCUAACAAAUCUAGAGGACAAAAUGCAGAACCUACAAGAGCACAUGGAAAGCCUUCCGGACCUAUUGUCUCGUUGUCUGACCCAACACCAGGAGCGCAUCGAGCAACGACGGAACUUUUUACACCCAGACACUGCUGCAGCCCCCAUCCAACAGCCAACGCCCCAAUCGAUGUUCAAUGCAGCCCCCAUGCUGUUCCCCCAUUCAAGCGAAUUGUAGAGCUCGUGGGGUACUGCGAAAAUCACAAAGUGUUGCACACGCCUGAUCCUAGUACCGAACUGAACUGGAUACAAGUUCUCUCAAUCGUCCAUCGAAUACCAGGAAUACCUGAAUACCCAAGCCGAAAUAGCAGUUUUUUUUUUGGGUACAUUUACACGCCCAGAACUAUAGUAUACUAUAUGUACAAAAAUAGAGGGUGCCCCCCAACAACCCCAGAACAGAUUCCAGUCCCUUCCUUUUUCCCGCUCCUUCAACUAUUGUAUGUAGAAUGGGGUAUGCAACAAAUAUGUAGUGUUAUACAUACAGAUAAACACCUCACACACACACACACACACACAUACAUAUAUAAAUAUAAAUACAUACAUAUACUAAUAUACAUACAUGUACAGAAGGUCUAGAGAGUAUAUACCCACAGAUGUACCCGCGACAACACAACAAAUAAGAUCAUAUUUGACUUUAUAUGUAUUAUAGUAAUGUAUUCAGUAGCUAAAUCGAAAGCCGAAGCAAAGACCAAUUUAUUAAACGACAAACUAAAAUGAAAAAAAAAAAUGGAAACGAAAACCGAAUAAGAACAAUUAUUAUGUUAAACUAAACAAUAAAGGAUGAUGAGGAUGAUGUAGAGGACUUGGAGAUGAACGCGAAGAAGCAGUCGAAAAGUGAAAC